CAAUUCUAUGUAAAUACAUACAUACAUAUGUACAUAUUUAUAUGAACAAGUAAUAUUUAGCUGGUGGAUAGUAUGGUGGUGAUUGUGCUCUAACAGUCAACUGACUUGAAAAUCACCGUAUUUGCGGUUGAUAAAGCCCUGUACCUAUAUAAUAUACAUUACAUGCAUACUUUACUAUUAUAGUAUAUUUUAAAAAAAUAAUUCAACAAUUUGUUAUUGUUUUUUUUUUAAUUUAAAUAAUAAAAAGUUAUUUUACUUCAACAUCAAACAUCAUAAUAUUCCAGUGCACAAAAUAAGAAACAUACAAUGUUUCGAGCCUCCCAAAUUGCUAGUGAAGAAACACUACCUGCCUUGGGUAUAUUAACCCUAAAAGAUAAUGAACCAGACAUCUCAAUGUUGACUUCCAUAAAAUCCAAACAAGGAAAUACAAAAUCUGAAGGCUAUGGCCUUGUAACACAAUUGACGCCCAGGCGUAUCAGAUAUCCUAGGGCCAUAGUAUUUGUAUUAAUGGCGAAAUUAUUUGAAGCCUUUGCUGCAAACGGUAUAAGAACUAUAUUGGCAUUAUACCUACGCGAUGAUUUGUAUUUUAGCGAAAGUUUGUCAACAAUAGUUUUACAUAUUUUCAAUUUCUUUGGACAAUUUUGCCCUAUAUUUGGAGCUAUACUGGCCGAUAGCUAUAUAGGCAAUGUUAGGACAAUAACGGGCUUUUAUUUUCUCUAUGCAUUUGGUUGGAUACUGUUGGUGUUGACGGCAUUGCCAUAUAUGGGAAUAUCAUUGGUAUUUCUGGUUUCCAUUUCAUUGUUAUUUAUAGCCAUUGGUAAUGGCUCUUCAAGAGCCUGUCUAACUUCCCUGGGUGCCAUACAAUUUCAACUGCCUCAACAGGCCAAACAAUUGGCGGAAUACUUUAGCUUAUAUUAUUUUGUGUAUUAUGUUGGCAUAUUCUUAAGUAAAAUACUACCGCCCAUGGUAAGAGCCAACACAACCUGUUUCAAUAAAACUGGCUGUUAUCCGGCAGUAUUUGGUACUUUGGCUACCUCAUUCUUUGUAGCAUGGUUGACUUUCAACAUUGGCAAACUGUAUUACAAGGAAGAAAAGCUGAAUGAAGAAAAUAUUUUGCUGAAAUUCUAUGGUUGUAUUAAGCAUGCUUUGGCUCGGAAAUGGUCGAAAAAUUCGGCCAUAACAAAACGUUCUUAUUGGCUUCACUAUGCGGUGGGGAAGUACGAUGAGACAUUUGUCAAUGAUGUGGCUAAAGUUUUGAAGCUGGCCAAAUUAUUUCUACCACUGCCCAUUUAUUUUGCCCUACUUGCUCAACAAGACUCCAGUUGGACGUUUCAGGCUUCACAGAUGAAUACCACAAUAGUGCCGGGAAUAACCAUACAACCGGAUCAGGCCAAAGCUAUGGGUCCCAUAUUUCUAUUCAUUUUAAUACCUAUGUGGCAGUAUUUAGUGAAACCUUGUUUGAAAUGUUGUUUCAAUUACGAACUGCAGCCAUUGCAAAGUGUUACAUUGGGAGGAGUGUUUUCAGCAUUUUCCUUUAUAUGUGCCGGGGUGCUGCAAAGAUAUGUACUGUCCAUGCCUUUUAAAUCCGUUAAUGUAUUAUGGCAAAUACCACAAUUUAUUUUGAUCAUGUUGGGCGAGUUAUUGCUGUCCAUACCCGGCUUACAAUUUGCCUUUACACAGGCCCCCGCUUCUAUGAAAUCUGUGGUCACUGCUGCCUGGUUUCUGAAUAAUGCCUUUGGCAAUCUUAUUGUGGUGUUAAUAACACAACUAAAUUUUUUUCCCACACAAAGUGAUGAAUUUUUCUUCUAUUCCAUACUCAUGAUAGUGGCCAUUGUUAUUUACACAUUUCUGGCCUACGAUUAUGUGUUACAAGAACGUCUGGGUCAUCAUUAUGCUAGUCAAAAUUCUCUGGAGGUUGGAGACACAGAAACCACCCCACUUUAUAAUUUAAGAGAUGAUGCACCCAGCACAAGUAAUAAUACACAAGUUGUUGAUGUUUAAAUGGUAGUGCAUAGUAUUAAAUUAUGUUUUUUUUUUAUGUAAAAAAAGUGAUAGUUAAAUUUUGUUAUUAGUGUUAAGAAGCAUGAAACGAUUUUUAAGAAAUAAAUAAAGGAACAACUUUUAUAAAA